GGAACGUGAGUUUGACUCAACCAAAUUAUCCGAGUUACGGUUCUUAGGGUUAGGGAUUUCAUCGGAAUUAUUACGAGUCUCGUCGCGCAUCGGAGAUCUUUUGCGCUCUCGAUCUUAUCUCACAGCCUGUGUUCUCGUAUCGCCUCGUUCCCCGGAAUACGUGCGCGUUACGCAUUUCCAAGGUAACGGAAACAGACGACGACGACGACGACGACGAAGAAGAGUUUUGAUUUCGUCGUCUCGCUACACUCAUCGUGGCUUCACACUUAUCGUGGUGAAGAGGAGAAUUUGCAAAGUCAAAGUUAAGCGAACAUGCGCGAGAUAGUACAUCUUCAGGCCGGCCAAUGUGGCAAUCAGAUUGGAGCAAAGUUUUGGGAGGUGAUCUCGGACGAGCACGGGAUCGAUCCCACAGGCACGUAUCACGGUGACUCAGAUCUGCAGUUGGAGCGAAUAAAUGUUUACUACAACGAGGCGACAGGCGGUAAAUACGUGCCACGUGCGAUUUUGGUCGAUUUGGAGCCCGGGACAAUGGACGCGGUUCGUUCGGGACCGUUCGGCCAAAUAUUUCGGCCAGACAACUUCGUGUUCGGGCAAAGCGGCGCUGGUAACAACUGGGCCAAAGGACACUACACCGAGGGCGCCGAGCUCGUCGACUCCGUCUUGGACGUCGUUCGCAAGGAGGCCGAGAGCUGUGACUGCCUCCAAGGAUUCCAGCUCACACACUCGUUGGGUGGUGGCACUGGUGCCGGCAUGGGUACUCUGCUUAUUUCCAAAAUACGCGAAGAAUACCCCGAUAGAAUCAUGAUGACCUUCAGCGUGGUACCUUCGCCGAAGGUAUCGGACACCGUGGUCGAACCCUACAACUGCACUCUCUCGGUACAUCAGCUGGUCGAGAAUACAGACGAGUCAUAUUGCAUAGACAAUGAGGCGCUUUACGAUAUCUGCUUCCGGACUCUCAAGCUGACCACGCCAACCUAUGGUGAUCUCAAUCAUCUCGUCAGCGCGACCUUGAGCGGCGUUACCACUUGCCUGAGAUUUCCCGGACAGCUUAACGCAGACCUGAGAAAGCUCGCCGUCAACAUGGUCCCUUUCCCGCGACUGCAUUUCUUCAUCCCCGGCUUUGCCCCUUUAACCUCUAGAGGUUCGCAACAGUACCGGGCACUCACGGUACCGGAACUCACCCAGCAAAUGUUUGAUGCGAAGAACAUGAUGGCCGCGUGCGAUCCGCGACACGGCAGAUAUUUGACAGUGGCUGCAGUAUUCCGUGGCAGAAUGUCGAUGAAAGAGGUAGACGAGCAGAUGCUCAACAUCCAGAAUAAGAACAGCAGCUAUUUCGUCGAGUGGAUACCGAGCAACGUGAAAACAGCCGUUUGCGACAUACCCCCGAGGGGUUUGAAAAUGUCCGCGACUUUCAUUGGCAAUUCUACGGCUAUUCAGGAGCUGUUUAAGAGGGUAUCGGAACAAUUCACCGCGAUGUUCCGACGCAAGGCGUUCCUGCACUGGUAUACCGGCGAGGGCAUGGACGACAUGGAGUUUACCGAGGCUGAGAGCAACAUGAACGAUCUCGUGUCCGAGUAUCAGCAGUAUCAGGAGGCGACCGCCGAUGAGGAGGGAGAGUUUGAUGAGGAGGAAGAGGGCGAGGGCGAGGACAAGUGAAGAUCGUCCCCAUCUCUGGAAGAUGUUUAUCGAGUGCUCGCGCUACACCUGCUGCUUCCUUUCCGCUCUCGUAGCUUCUUUACGUAUAGUUAUAUCGCCCCACCCUCGCGUAUCUUCUUAGAGUGUAAAAUAAUAUGUAGCCGAGCCAACGUCGGCCGACAGCUUGUUGUUCCUUGUCUUCCGCGUGUCUCCCAUCGUCGAAAGUAUAUUACGUGCACAAAAUAAAGAAAAAGAAAGAAAAAUAAGAAAAAAAAAAAA